AUGCUGCAGCCUCGACUUUCCCGGGCACACACGGCCUUGGAGAGCCCGUUGACAGCUCUGGCCUCGUCCUUGAAUGCCCUCAGCCUCUGCUCCAGACAUAGCCACCUCCAACCCCUUGCGGCGACAACCAGCUUCAUCAGAUAUGCCUCGCACGCAGCACAGGGACGAGCCAAUGGGCCCGGAGACUCCGCAGGUCGACGACUGGGUGCGAAAAAGACGGCCUCAGAAUACGUCGUACCAGGAAACAUCAUCUUCAAGCAACGAGGCACACUAUGGCACCCCGGCGACAACGUCGGCAUAGGCAAAGACCACACCAUCUACGCCCUGGAAAGUGGCUACGUGAGAUACUACCGCGACCCGCGCCGCCACCCGAAACGACGCUACAUCGGCGUCGCGCUGGAGAAAGAAGGAGCGGGCUCACAGCUCCCCGCGCCGAUUAACGCUCCAACUCGCCGCCGACUGAACAUGUACGCCUCACCGAUCCCCACACCCGAAACUAGCAGCAGCAGCAGCAACAGCAGCAGUGCAUCCUUCCUCGAAUCCCACCUCAGCGCGAACAGCAAAGGCACAACCAGCCGUCCACCACCACUGCCAUUCAUGCGGGCAGGCACGAACCGUGAAUCCAACGUCUCAAUCGGUUACGCGGCGGAGAGGAAGGGCAUCAAGGUCGUGCCGUUCGAUCGCAGAGACCGAUGGUCCGCGUGGCAGAAGCGGAGCGCCCGGAUCGAGCUCGCCGAGGUGUCCAAGGUGGCGAAGAACACCAAGAAGAACAAAGGCAAGAAGUCCAACAAGGGCGCCAAGAUCGGUGGCAAGAAGCGGUGA